AUGGCGAAAUCUGAAUGUCAAUUGUUAUGUAGUUCGAAGUAUACUUGUAAUGCACAAGUCAAACUGAAAUGUGUCAAUCAAUCGUUAAUAAUGUUUCCAUUGAAACCUAUCUAUGAUAAUCAUGUCUAUUUUCUUUAUGCAUUGAAUAGAACACAUCCAUGGUAUGCAAACUUUGUUCCUGCAUUCAUUUGUUUUGAUUCCAUACGAUGUUCACAAUAUCGAGUAACAGAUAUAAUCUAUAAUCGAACAUGUUCAUAUAUUAAUCAAUUUGGAGCAUUUCAUCAAAACGAACGCUAUGACGAUUGGAAAAUUAUUUUUAAAGUAUUACAUACCACUUUUGGCGGAUGUUCGUUACCAAGAUUGGCGCUUACGAAAGAUUCAACCUGUCCACAUUCAUCCCUAUUCCAUUGUUCGAAUUCAUCGAAAUGCGUCUCACAACAUCGAUUACAAGAUCAUGUGAUCGAUUGUUAUAACGGCAAGGAUGAAAAUUAUAAUGACACAUGUGAUCUUGCUCUUCCUCAUCGUUACCAAUGUAAAUUAGAAAAACGAUGUAUACCUCGCCGUUUUCUCAUUGAUAGUGAAAGACAUUGUAUUGAUGGAUCAGAUGAAUCUUUUACUAUAUUAUGUACAAACACUUCCAUUGAAUCUUGUGAUAUUCUAGCUGGCCGUAAGGAAGUUAAUCAAAUAAUUCCUUUUGGAGAAAUAUGUGAUGGAAUAGAACGUAUUCAGCCGACUAUCCAAGAUCAAGAUACAGAUGAAACAGAUUGUGAUGAAUAUUCUUGCGUCUCACGAUAUACCGCUUGUAAUGGUCAAUGGAACUGUCGUGAUGGAAGUGAUGAACACACUUGUGGAAAUACUUUAUCAGCAGAAAUAUGUGGUUUUAGUGGAGAAGAAUUCUUUUGUAUUCAACCGGAUGGUAAUAGUGUCUGCGCCUCCGUGGAAGUUAUUGGCGAUGGCAAGAUCGAUUGUUUAGGAGCAAGUGAUGAACGUGAAUAUUGUCGAAACAAAUAUCCGUACGAAUUCGAACGACGUUACAGAUGUUUAAACGAUUCAAAAUGUAUUACUCCGUAUCAAAUUUGUGAUUGUCGUUCAGAUUGUCCUUUAGAAGAUGACGAAAGUCUUCUAUUGUGUCCUUGGAAAAGUUCCUGCUACAGAACGAAUUUUCCGUGCAUAGAAUUCAACGUACCUCAAAACGAACGUUGCAAUGGUCAAUCGCGAUGUAAAUACUAUGAAGAUGAGUGGUUAUGUGAUUUAAUAGAUCAACCAUUAAUCUCUCCAUUUACAUUACCAGUUCUCUCACUUUUAAAACCAGUUUCUCAACGAUCUACUCGUAAAUCGUAUACUUUUCUUGGCUGGUAUUGUAAUCGGGGUGUACCUAUACAAUCGACUGUAGAUCCAGACAGUUUUCAAUGUUUUUGUCCACCCGCUUAUUAUGGAAAUCGAUGUGAAUAUCAACGAAAAAGAUUAAGUCUUAUUCUUGAAAUUAGCAUUCCAACAUUACUUGAGCGAACAAAUGUCUAUAAGUUUUUUAUAUUCCUUAUUCAAACAUCCAACGGUUCGAUUGUAUUUCAUGCUGAAGAAAUUAUUUAUGCACCAUAUGUACAAUGCUUACCGAAGUAUAUUAUUGAUUUAUUAUAUCCAAUAGAACGGAGAGAAAACAUAAAACAUCAUAUACACAUUCAAAUCUAUCGUUUAGCAAAUUCUUCAAUCGAAUAUCGGGGUGCAUGGUUUUUUCCAAUUAAAUUCGAAUUUCUUUAUGUGAAUCGUAUUGCUUCGCAGAUAAUUUUAUCCGAAGAAAUUCUUAAAAAUACCAGAACAAACUGUCAGACUUUACCAUGUUUACAUGGUUCAUGUGAAUUAUAUUUAAACAACCCUGAAUAUUCAUUUUGUCAUUGUAAACCAGGUUGGUCAGGUUCUUUAUGUAAUGUAAAACAUCCGCAAGAAUGUGAUUGCUCUCCGGAUUCACUUUGUGUUAUUCCGGGAAUAUGUAUUUGUCCUUUAAACAAAAUUGGUUCACGAUGUUAUCUUGAUUAUAAUCCAUGUCAGGAUAAUCCUUGUAGAAAUCAUGGUAUUUGUGUUGCAAUAGAUAUUCGAACAACUGAUGCGUAUUGUGUUUGUGAUGAGGGAUAUUUUGGUCGAAAUUGUGAACACAUUUCGUCUCAUUUGAAAGUUAGAUUUUCAUCUUCGAUUGCUAUUCCACCGUCGAUUCUCGUUCAUUUUAUUUCAUUACUUGAUCAUUCCGAACAUCAAGUUCGUUCGUAUUUCAAACAAAUUCGUUUUCAUGAAAGCGAAACCGAACUAUUUCACCCAACAAACCAACUCCCAUCGAUCGUUUUUAUUCAAUUUAUUGCAGAUAACAAAAAAUCACUUCCAUUACAUCUUGUUCUGCUUAGUUCCCUUCCUUUUAAUCAAACUACAGUAGAAAUCACAAAUUCAAAUCGAUGUCCUCAUAUAAAUGAAUUCUUCAAUCAAGAUUUCCCAUCUUUACCUUAUCUUCGUCGAGUAAAAUUUUACCAGCGUCCAUGUAUAAACUAUAUCUCGUGUUUUUACGACGAUACUCAAGUUUGUCUAUGCAAUAAAUUUAAUCGAACUGAUUGUAUUGCUUUUAUUACUAAAAAUAAUACUGCAAGAUGUCCAAAUCAAGAUAAUCCAUGUCAGAAUAAUGGAGAAUGCGUACAAGAUAGAGAACGAUGUCCAACUACAAGUAUAUGUUUGUGUCCACAGUGCACCUUCGGGAGUUUAUGUCAAUUUAGUAUAAAGGGAUAUAUAUUUUCAUUGAAUACUAUUCUUGGACCGUAUAUUAAACCAAAUGCCUCGUUGAUUGAACAAUUACAAAUCAUUCAUAUUAGUUUCGUCGUCUGUUGUGUUAUUUUCAUGUGUGGAAUUAUAGAUGGAUUAGGUUCUACUGUUACAUUUUCUCAGUUAAUUAUUCGACAAACAGGAAGAGGUAUUUAUUUAUUGAGUUCAUCUUUAUUAUCAAUUUUAACGAUAAUUAUUUGUUUUAUUCAAAUUUUAUUACUAAUUUUUGAACAAAUUAAUCUAUCAAGUUGUAUAAUUAUUGAAUAUCUAUUAAAAUGUUUGCCGAUUACCUGUGAUUGGUUAUAUGCAUGUUUAUCAAUCGAAAAUGUUUCGAUUGUUCAACGGGGAGUGAAAUUUCAGCAAAAGACCAGUUACAAAUUAGCGAAAUUCCUAAUCGGAUUAGUUUUUCUUUGUGCGAUCUGCAUGUCGGUACAUGAUCCAUUACAUCGACGUUUAUUGUACGAUGAGUUUGAACGAAGAACAUGGUGUGUUGUCUCAUAUUCAUCAACAUUUCUUCAAACAUACGAUUCGACAAUUAAUUUGAUUAAUUUUAUCGCACCAUUUAUUAUCAAUGGUAUAUCGGCAAUGACGAUCAUUGUUCUCACAGCAAGAAUCAAAGCUCGAACAAAUCAAAGUGAAAAAAUUCGAUUUCGUGAUAAUAUUCGGAAACAUCAACAUUUGAUAAUCAGUCCAAUUGUGUUAGUUCUUCUUAAAGUACCGAGAGUGAUCAUCGCAUUUCAUACGACAUGCAUACGACCAACGAGAAAUGCAUAUCCCNUCAAAGCUCGAACAAAUCAAAGUGAAAAAAUUCGAUUUCGUGAUAAUAUUCGGAAACAUCAACAUUUGAUAAUCAGUCCAAUUGUGUUAGUUCUUCUUAAAGUACCGAGAGUGAUCAUCGCAUUUCAUACGACAUGCAUACGACCAACGAGAAAUGCAUAUCCCUAUCUACCUAUGAUUGGAUACUUUAUAUCUUAUUUACCAUACGUAUUGAACAGUCUGAUUUUUAUUUUGCCGUCUACAGUUUAUAAACAACAGCUUUUGGCAUUGUUAACCCGAUGUAUUCGGUGA